GGAGGGAGAAGGGAGGGAGUUUUGAAAAUCUCUUACAAGUGGGACCAGCUGGACACGUGGAAAGCCAUGAGUGGGGGGGGCCUACAGCCGACGUGGCAAAUCCAGCCUCCUGUCCGAACCUGAUUUUUCCGACCGUUGCACCGAGCCACCGUUUUUCGAAAUGAAAUCAAGGUCCCCACCCCCAAAAAAAGCCAGUACCAACGCCUCUCAUUUUCCUCACCGUCUCCAAUUCCCAACCACACCCCACCUCUCUCUCCCUCUCCCUCUCUCGUAUCAAGAACCGGAGAUGGUGUCAAGAAUCAUCAGAAGAACACCGACCAAGUCCAUCAAGGACUGCUGCCGUGGCCGCCGAGGCCGCCGCCACCGGAAGAAGUCCCCCGUCGAGGACGCUGCAGCCGCCGGCUCCUUCAUCGCGACGAUCAACAAGUCCCUCCACUCGUGCCAGCGCCGCCUCAUCAAGAUCUUCUCCAAGUUGGCCUAUAUCGGCACGCCGAGCCGCCGCAAGGGCUUCAAGGUCCUCAGAAAGGUCGCCGACGAGCCGCCGUCCCUUGCCGGGGGCGGCUUAUGCAGAUCCCUCUCCUUCAAUGCCGAGAAUUACUACCGUCUCCCGCCGCCGGUGUCACCCGCCAAGAAGACCGUUUUUCUCGACCUGGACGAGACGCUGGUCCACUCUCAGACUGACCCACCUCCGGAGAAGUUCGAUUUCGUUGUCCAGCCGACGAUAAACGGUGAAAGGUUGAAUUUUUAUGUGCUUAAGCGCCCCGGGGUGGACGAUUUCCUGCGCGUCAUGAGCGCCAAGUUCGAACUGGUGAUCUUCACGGCCGGCCUGAAAGAGUACGCCUCACUGGUGCUCGACCGGCUCGACCAGAAAAGGUCGCUGAUAUCGCACCGGCUGUACCGAGAUUCGUGCGAGGAAGUGGAUGGGAAGUUCGUGAAGAACUUGUCCAAGAUGGGCAGGGACUUAAAGAGGGCCGUGCUCGUCGACGAUAACCGGAAUGUUUACAUGUUUCAGCCGGAGAACGCGAUCCCUGUGAGCCCGUUUGUCAAUGAUCUCAGCGAUGUCGAGCUCGGGAAGUUGGUUAAGUUCUUUGAAGGGACUGAUGGGUUUGAUGAUAUGAGGGAGGCUGUGAAGCGGUACCGAGCUGAAGAAGAUGUGAAGUUGGAAGUGUGAUUCAUUGUGACUGCUUGUCUUUUGUUUGUUUAACUGCUGGUAAACUGAACAAACAGAGGAUUGUUCAAUUCCAAUCAGAUUCAGAAACAGAGCUUGCAAAAAUUAAUUGGAUUUUAUUCAUUAUUUAUUCACUAA